AUGCCCCCGCCCACCCCGACCGCGCCCCAGUCCUUCCUCCAAAUCCUCGUCAACUGCGACAACUUCCGCCUCCCACCCCCCACCGCCAAGUCCACAGAGCCCCUCGUCCCCUGGCUCCUCUUCCCCUCCCCCACCUCCCCCGCCGUCGGCCUCCUCCGCCCAGAGAUCGUCGCCCAGCUCCACACCGAGAACGCGUCCUCUCC